UGUUCUCCAUUCCUCCACACCAUGCCCCCCUUCCGUCCAGCCUGGAUUCUACACUCCACAGGCCCAGUGCCAAAAAUCAUCCACGCGACACUACCACCAUCAGUUGCACAUCCACAAUCCCCAUCAUACCUGGCUGCCGCAAAAAAGCAGGCAAACUAUGUGGCGAUCUUUGCGUCCGGUAUUGCCCUCACCUCUAUCGUCACGGUCUUUAUCGGAUAUCAUAUUCAACACCUCACUGAAGAGCUGGAGCACACAAAAGCGGACACACAUAAGCAUAUAUUGGCGUUGGAAAAGCGGCUGCAGGCUUUGGAAUCUGCAUCAUUAGAACAGGAAGGUAGCAGAGCGCCGCAUUCGGAGACCAAGGGGAAACGUAGUGGCUGGUUCUAAAUUGUCAGUGAAACGGCGACUUACAUAUGGCAUUGGAUCACAGCAACAAUUUACAAUGAUACUGAAUAAAACCUACUCUUUUAAUGACCCAUCAGAAUAAACGACAACCUACUUCCA